UACAUACAUAAACCUUCACGUAAUUCAUUCUUAACAUGACAUAACCUCAACUUAACUUACCUUACGUUAACUCGCAUACGAAUUUAACCAACAAAACAACUUUGCAAAAUCUUGUAUGGAUUGGAUUUCAUUUUCAGCUCAGCGUCUCAGUCUCACUGUUCGUUUCGUCAGGUAAACUGCAUGCGAAACCAUUAACUUUACGUUUUAAGACUCACUUUCCAUCAUAAAUGUAUAAAAUUUUACCUUUUUUGCAUAAUAAUUAAUUCUUCCAGACACUAAUUAACUAAUUAUUCCAGUUUUUAGUUCAGUGUGUCAGAAAUUUCUGCAAUAUUUUUUGCAUAAUAAUUAAUGUGCUGCAUUCUUCUUCCAGACAAUAAUUAUUUCCAAGUUAAUUAGCUAAUUAUUCGAAUUUAGGAAAAUAAAAUCGAGUUCGGUGUGUUGAAAAUUUAUUCGAAUUUAUAAUAUCGAGUUCAGCGUGUUGAAUAUUUUGACCUGCAUAAAAUAAUUAAUGCGUUAUGCGUUGCAUUCUUCCAGCCAGACACUAAUUAUUUCCAAGUUAAUUAACUAAUUAUUCCAGUUUAAGAAAAUAAUAUCGAGUUCAGUGUGAAAUUUUUUGUGACUUGCAUGACAAUUAAUGCGUUGCAUUUUUCCAGACACUAAAUACUUCUAAAUAUAUACACGUCACACGUACGUCAAUUAACUAAUUAUUCCAGUUUUUAGUUCAGUGUGCCAGAAUUUUUGUAUUAAUGUGCUGUAUUUCAUUCCAGUUCCAGACUAGACGCUAAUUGUUUCCAAGAAAAGAAUGUUAACUAACUAAUUACAAAACGGAUCCAUUUUCACACUUUAAAUGAACUGUUAACUAAUUACUUAAGUUUAUUGUGCCAGUCGUAAUGUGACCUCGGUUAAGUGAGGUUUGGUUUUUGUGAGUGAGUUAAGUUAUUAUGUGAUCCCUAAAAAUAUUUAAAUUAAAGCGUGACCUUGGCUGACCUCUAAGUUUAUUAUGUGACCCUUAAAAUAAGUAAAUUAUAUCAGUGUGACCUUGGUUUACAUUUCUGGAAAAACAAGAUGCCGAUGAUGAUCGCCUUCGAAAAGGCGAGUUAUUCGCCAGGAGAGGUGGUUUCCGGUCACGUCGUGGUGAUAAGGUCCACCACGCCGCAGAAGGUGAAAGGCUUAUCGAUCAGGAUUUUAGGGAGGGCAAAUAGGAUAUUAUCGGAGAUCGAAAAUCCGAUAAGAUCGAGUAAAAAGGAGCUAUAUUUUGAUGAUAAAGUGGACAUUUUUGGACAUGACGGUCGCGACUCCACACUUUCCGUGGGCGAAACCUUAUUUCCGUUUUCCUUCACACUCCCACACGGCCUGCCCUCGUCCUUCGUUUGGGGGCGUGGCAACGUCCUCUACUUCGUCGAAGCCCGACUCACUCGCUGUGGGUGGAAAGACGACAAAAAAACCUCGGUUCGUCUCAGCGUCGAUGGCGUCCACGAUCUCAACCUUGACCCCAUCGCACCACUUCCGGCGCAAGCGUCCGCCUCAAAAUAUGUGAAUCACCUCCUCACAAAAUCUGGACCGUUUGGAUUUUCAUUUCUCAUGCAAAAAUCCGGAUUUGUUCGAGGACACGCGGCCACGUUUCAGAUCAGUGUGAAGAAUUUGUCAAAAGUGGAUGCGAAACGGUUGAGGGUCACGUUGAUCCAGGAAAUCGUUCAAGACGGGAAACAGUCGUCUUCCUCUGUGAUUGAAGAGGUCCGUGGUCCUGCCGUUGCGUCCGGAGAGAUUCAAAUAUGGGAUGGUCGCCUCAAAAUUCCGGACAACAUUCCACCCACAAAUUUAGGAAAUUUACUCAAUUUCAGUCCCGUCUUAAGUCUAAACUAUUUCAUGCAGGUCGAACUUUCCCCAAAAUCCGCCACAGUUGACCCUUUAACGACCAAAGUUCCCAUAAUUAUUGGCACAAUUCCCCUCAUCUCGUCAAGGUCACGAUUUCGCCACCAUCACCACGAUGACACUUGUCCCAUGAGUAGCACGACCCCUCCGACGACGAACCCGUCACAAUUUUCGCCAGGAUUUUUGAUCCACCACCACGGUUCGUCUUCGUCUCUUGUGGGCGGCACGAAUGAAGGUCAAGGUCAAAAUCAAGGUCAAGGUCAUCAUCCUUGUCGACAUUGUCCCCCUCCUCAUAUUUCCCCUCAAGCCCACCAUCUUCACCAUCACAACCACCACCACAAUUACGGGAUCUAUCGGAGACUCAGAAAUUUGCAGAGCCGGAGGAGACGAGAAUCUCCCCCACCGAGUUACGAUGACGUCGUUUCUGAGGCAACUCGACCCCCGCAAAAUAAUAAUUCCACGAUAACCACGAUGCAAACUAAUGAACAGAACGCUGCCGUCACCCAAUCAACUAGUGCCAGUACGACUCCCUGCCAAGAAAACAACGAGGGGGAAAUUCCCCCCUCGAAAAACCAACCAGCCAAAAUUACCUCAACCGAACCGGAAGUAGGAGAAGACAAAGUGACCAUAAUUACCUGCACCCCGUCAACUAGUCAUCACAAUCAAGUUGACCAGGUGACCACAACAACCAUGAGUAAACAGCACCACGUGGUCACCGUCCAAAUUAAAAGUUGUGUAGAUGAAGAGUUAGAAUAAUUAUGUAUGUUUUGUUCCUAAAAAUUUAUAUAUUUCCUAAAAUUCUUGGUAAACUUUUGAUUUUCUUUUCUGUUCUGAUUAUUCUUUUCCUUUAAUCGCUUAAUUUCUUUGGGAAAUUGUAUUACUCGAAAUUUUGGUUAUUUCCUAUAAAAUUUAGCUAAAAAUUUCCUACAUUCUAGGUGACUUAAAAUUUCUGAGAACUUCUAAAUAUCUAUAUGCAUAAAGAGCUAUUGUUAAGUUCUGGCUGGCUGGGUCCCUGUGGCUCUCAAUGCAACUCGCCCCACUACUAUUGAAUGGAGUUUACGCAACCAGCGUGUGCUCCGCUACACCAUUGAGCGUACCCAUGAUGACUCUGCCGCGACACUUUGUCUCUAUCUUCUUGCAGUAGAAUUGUAAACAUACCAGCAGCAUAAAAUUCAUAUCCUAUUCUCUGGAAUUUUCACUUUUUUGCUAUGCAGUCACCCCUCCCUCUGGAAAUUUGAGUUUUUUGUUAGUUAAUCACCCCUCUCUCUGGAAAUUUAAGUGUUUUGUUUUUUAGUCACCCCCUCUCUGGAAAUUUAAGGUUUUUGUCAUUCGGCCACCACAUCCUGUGGAAAUUUAAACGUUUAGCUAUGUAGCCACCCCCACGCGACGGGAAUUUAAGUAGUUAGCUAUGCAGCCACCCCCACGCGACGGGAAUUUAAGUAGUUAGCUAUGCAGCCACCCUCACGCGACGGGAAUUUAAGUAGUUACCUAUGCAGCCACUACAAGAGGGGGAAGUCAAAUUGUUCCGUGAUCAGGGAAAUUGAAAUGUAUGAUUUGAUACACGUACAUAUGUAUUAUGACAAUGGACAAAGUCUCCACUGGGAAUUAUUUGAAGUGUAGCGUAGGGGAUUUUGCGCUAUGGGCACACCCCCUCUGGGAGCCUAGAACCCGUUCUUGAACGGGCCUCUACUCUAGUAUUAUCAUAAUUUCUUUUAUUUAAAUACUGUCUCCAAAGUCUUCAAAAUUUCUAUAUUUUCAUCAUUCUUCCAUUUCCUGUCUCAAAAUUUUUCAGAAUUUCUAUAUUUUCAUAAUGUCUUCCAUUUCCUGUCUCAAAAAAUCUUCAGAAUUUCUAUAUUUUCAUAAUGUCUUUCAUUUUCUGUUUGAAAAUAUCCCAAAAUUUCCAUAUUUUCAAAAUUUCUUCUAUUUCCUGUUCUUCGAACCCUUCAGAAUUUCUAUAUUUUCAUAAUUUCUUCUUUCUCCUGUCUCAAAUUCCUUAAAAAUAUCUAUAUUUCCAAAAACCUACCUCUCAAAUUCAAACAAAAAUAGCUCAAAAUUCCAAAUUGCUCAAAAAUUUCCAAAAUUCCUUCCAUUCCUUCCCAUCCUUUCUCAACCAGCUCAAGAAACUUAUUCAUCCCAAAGUUCCUUUUACCAAUGUGUAUACAAUACAAAAAAUACAAAAGGUGGCUAAACAGCCAUAAACAUUAUCUAAUUAAAUAUCCCACUCGUAACUUAAUUAAUGUAGCAACGAUUUAAAUAAUAAAUAAAUAAAUGUGCAAAUUUAACAGCAUCUCUUAAACGAA